AAAUGGAUCCCUAUUUGACUCUCGUGUUCCCAAUUAUUCGACUUCUCUCAUUCUAGCUGGUGAAUUCGCUAGGGUUUGGGUUCCCGAGAUCGAAACCCCAAAUUCUGCACUCGUUGCAUUCUUUCUCCAGUUCGAUAAUGAGGAGGCACAGUCCGGCGUAUUAUAGCCCCCCGCGAAGAGGUUAUGGUGGUAGAGGAAGAAGUCCACCGAGGAGGAAGUACGGCGGUGGCGGCGGCGGCGGGCGCAGGGAAUCUGGUCAGAGUCUUUUGGUUAGAAACAUUCCCCUGAAUUGCAGAGCGGAGGACCUCCGCGCCCCAUUUGAAAGGUUUGGGCGAGUAAGGGAUGUUUAUUUACCGAAGGAUUAUUAUUCUGGUGAGCCCAGGGGAUUUGCAUUUGUGGAGUUCAUUGACCCUUAUGAUGCUGCAGAAGCUCAGUAUCAGAUGAAUCGGCGGCGAUUUGGUGGAAGAGAGAUAACUGUGGUGGUUGCAUCUGAAACAAGGAAAAGGCCUGAGGACAUGCGUCACAGAUCAAUACAUAAUGGGCCUUCUCGUUAUGAUGAUCGGCGAUCUUCUGGACAUGGCCGCUCACGUUCUCGUUCGAGGUCACGUUCACGUUCUCCUUACCGCCAACCUACUUCUGGAGCCCGGCAUACAUCUAGGUCAUACUCUCCUGCACCAAGACGAGAAGGUGGUUACUCCCCAAGAAGGCAAGAUGAUUAUUCUCCAAGAAGAGAAGGUGAUUAUUCACCAAGAAGGCAUUCAGACCAUGCAAGGUACCCAAGGGAUUAUCCAGAAGGACGUGAUGAGGACUAUAAUCGCAGAUCACGGUCUCCAGGGUAUAUCAAUGCUAACCAAAAUCAACCUGACAAUGGUCAUGCAGAAAAAGAUUUCUAUGAUGACGAUGGGAGGAGACGCUCUAUCUCAAGGUCUCCAAGACGUGCUUCACGUUCGCCUUAUGGUUCACGAUCCAGGUCUGCAGACUUGUCCCCAGGACGCAGCAGAUAAAAGGAUGAUGCGGGUUUUAUCUAUUUUGUUUCUGCGAUGUAUUCUGCUAUGUCUUCUGGAAUCCAAUGUUCGGACCCGUAGAUUUUAUAAGUCUGGACCUACCUGUAUUUUCAGGUCUUGCAGAACUUUUUUAGUUUCAUAUCUGACUCUAGGGUGCCUUUUCUGUCUCUGCAGACUUUUUGAACAAUUUUAUGCUUAAACUUAAUUACAACU